AGGGGAGCAAUAGACAGGUAACACAUUAGGCAAAGCUUCUCAUUAUGCCAUCUUCAGGGCGCAAGCUGAUUGGUGCGUGCAACUGUGGGUGGGCCCGUUCCGCUCUGCUCCUGCAGAAGCUAAUGGACAGCUACUGAGGGGGGCCGGCCGGUGACAGAAGAACUGUUUAGGCGCUUUCCUUCCUCUCAUCAGAAUCUAUGCGUCGCUCCGGACUGCACCUUUUAAAAUAAAAUAGAAAUUGCAGCGCUACUUUGGAAAUGGUGUAAAUCUGAUAACGGACGUCCUUUGCGGGCCCUCUCCGCUCCCCCCCCACCUUUCCACAGUUACGGCGUCCGCUGAAGGACCUAAUUGCUGCGAGGCAUCUGCGCUGUGAUACUAAGAGGAGGCGAUGAGGCAAAGGCGCUAGAAAGCAGAAGCAUCAAACAGCUUGAAAGCCCUUGAGAUGUUUCCACGGAUAAAAAUUGUCUUGCUGUAUGUCCUUUCCUUAUUAUUGUUUGGACUUCUUAUGUACAUGCACAAAGAGACCAAGUCAACUAUAAAUUCUGUGACACCUAAGAAGGAGGAUACCCCAAAGGAAGAACUCGCUUUCUGGAAUGCUGCUCCAAAAACAUUCACCAGGUGUCGCCCAAAACCAUUAAACCUCAGUGCUUCAGCAUCUCUUCCUGAGCCUCACCGUCUAUUCCUUAUGUAUAAGCAUUGCAGGAACUUUUCAACUCUACUGAAGCCAAGUAAAUGUGAGAAGGACACUUUUUUAUUAUUGGCCAUCAAGUCUUUGCCUAUCAACAUAGAGCGUCGGAUUGCAAUUAGAAAUACGUGGGGGAAGCAGCAGGACAUUCAGAGCAAGAAGAUCAAACUGCUCUUCCUGCUUGGCAAGAAAGAGGCCACUUUACCUGCUAAAUCACUCCAUCAAUUGUUGUCUUAUGAAAGUACAGAAUUUAAAGACAUAAUCCAGUGGGAUUUUGUGGACAACUUUUUCAACCUAACAUUAAAGGAAAUUCAUUUACUAAGGUGGAUCAACAAAGAAUGCUCGCAUGCCAAGUUCGUGCUGAAUGGAGAUGAUGACGUUUUUAUUAACACCUACAACAUUGUUGAGUUUCUUGAAGGUCUGAACCCAGAUAAAGAUCUCUUUGUUGGUGAUGUAAUUACCAAUGCUGUUCCCAUUAGGAACACAAAAGUAAAAUAUUUCAUCCCCCAUUCUAUGUAUAGUGCGCCUCACUAUCCAUUGUAUGCUGGAGGCGGGGGCUAUGUCAUGUCUAGAAAGACGACUAAAGGCCUCCUGGCUUCUGCUGAAACCACUGACCUUUUCCCCAUUGAUGAUGUGUUUGUGGGAAUGUGCCUCAAAAAAAUGAAUGUAAAACCACAAUUUCAUGCUGGGUUCAAAACCUUUGGAAUUCAAAGACCAGGCAAUCCUUUUGAUCCAUGUUUAUACAAAUGGCUGAUGGUCGUUCACAAGCUAAACCCUACAGAGAUGUGGAUCAUGUGGUCCUUAGUGAAAGAUGAAGAAAUGCGUUGUGCACAAUCUAGAAUCACCUUGUGAAAAAUGAUUUCCAAAGUCAAAAAGAUUUGUGCUAAAACAGGAACACUGAAGCCCUUAGUAUAAUCCCUAUAUCUGCUAAAAUUCUACUAUGGACAUUUUUUAUGUUUUUCCUCUUAUUUAUACGUCUUAGUUAGGUAGAAAUGCAAUAUUAAGCACAAACACACUUGUCUUAGUGUACAUUAGGCUUGUUGACUUUCAUUGACUGGCAUAAUUGUUUCUUCAGUGAUAAAAUGCUUUCAGAAUAUAAGAAUCUCUAUAGACAUUUUGCACACAUAUUUCUAUAGAGCAAAACAUUCACUUUGGUGCUGUUUUCUAAAUGCUGUGUUCACAAAAUCCCUUGCAGUGGUCCUUCUUAGGUUAAAGGGACAAUAGCAAAGAGGAGGGUGUUUUCAUUCAAAAGCAGGGCUGCAACUGGGAAUCUUCUUUGUACAGUGCCUGUGUAUACCUCGUAAACCAAUCAACCUCUUGUCAAAACCAUGCUUUGAUCUUUUAUAUUGUGUUGAUGUGAGUGAGCAAGACACGACUUUAAAUCUUUAACCAUGUUCCAUCUUUCUCUGAGAGCUCAACAAUGAACAGGAGCAGAAUGAAGAGAAAUGGUUCCUUCUGCUACCUCUUAAUUCUGAAAGAGACAGACAGACUAGACAAAAACAGAUUUUAAAAUAUUCUCGUUAAAGAUAUUUUUUUACCCAAUGUCCCAUCAUUUGUACAAAUAUAAAUAGUGAGGAUCAGGAAAUGGUAGGUUUUUGUAUUGGAAAUUAUUAGCUUUUAUUAUAAAGUGUUUUUGUUCAACGUCACUGUAUCAAAAAUAUACGCUCACACCAAAGCUUUUACUUCAGCUUAUGGUAUGUAGCACUUGCCAUGAUUCCAGUUGAAAGUUUCUCUACCUGCCAUCACUGUUAACUCAGAGUAUGUGCUGCUAUUCCACCUUCCUACAGGCUGUCCUGCAUUAUUGACAACUCAAAUACAAGCUGGACCUGCAAAUCUGUCUUUGCUCAAGAGUCUGCCUGUAAGAAACCCUCACUGGGCACCAGUUCUCAGAGGAACAUAUUUACAUAUACUGUAUGUGGAGGUUGAAGAAAUAAAUGCAGCCCUUCUCUCAAAUAACUACUACUUAACAAGGUCCUCCAUCCAACAACAAUUUUUGCACAAUCAAAGAAAGUAUAUCUAGUAUAGGUAAAUCUAAAAACAACUGGACUUGCUGAGUAAUAAAUGAAGACGUUUCACUACUCAGCCGAGCAGCUUCUUCAGUAGUAGAGUAGUGAAACGUCUCCAUUGAUUACUCCGCAAGUCUAGUUUUUUUAGAUUUACCUAUAUACGAUGACCUGGAUUAAUGAAAAUCUUCAUAGUCAGAAAGAAAGUAUGAUUCUAAUCCGCUUUCCAAUAUACAAAAAUUACACAAUUGCAGUGGUUUCAGUGUUGUUUGUGAAUGUUAUUGCUAUUAAAACAAAGUCUCUCUCUUUAUAUCUCUACCGUUUGACUCCUGAAACAAUUUACAAGUCUGCGGAUAUCUGUUACAUUCAGAGUCAGAACCGGGAAACAGAAAGGAAUAAACAAUAUUGUGUUGUUUAAAAACACACACAAAUGCGGAAUUGAUGUAUAUUGAAAAGCUGCUUAGAAUUAGAUUUUUCUUUCAUUAUGUAAAAAACUAAUUUUGGGUGUAAGACCCCCUUUAAAGAUGACCCAAAGUAAAGAUGAAAUACCCUAGGCCUAUUGAAUGGUGUCUCUAUAGUACAGGAGAAGGGGAAACAAUAUGGAGUCCCCUGA